UUGACGUGGCGCCAUUUUGUGUGGCUAUAUCUGAGACGGGACGCCACAGUCGCGGCUUUUCUUUUUGUGAUCUCCGAUCUGCAAUGGACGGCAUUGUCCAAGAUAUAACAGUUGGUACAAAGCGGGGAUCUGACGAGCUUCUAUCUGCUUGUGCUACUAACGGUCCCUUUAUCAUGAGCAACUCUGCUCCCUCUGGUGAGUACACCAAUGGCAAUGACAGCAAAAAGUUCAAAGCAGAGAAUAGAACUUCAGGAAUAUUACCUUCCAGAGUCAUUCAUAUCCGCAAACUUCCUAAUGAUGUCACGGAGGCAGAAGUCAUCUCCUUGGGCCUGCCUUUUGGCAAAGUGACCAAUCUUCUCAUGUUAAAAGGCAAAAACCAGGCUUUUAUAGAAAUGAAUACUGAAGAAGCUGCAAACACAAUGGUGAGCUACUAUAGCACUGUGACUCCAUACCUGAGAAGCCAUCCUAUCUACAUUCAGUAUUCUAAUCACAAGGAACUGAAGACUGACAACUCUCCUAAUCAGGCUAGAGCACAGGCGGCUCUUCAGGCAGUAAACGCUGUGCAGACUGCUAACAUGGCUAUUGCUGGUAGUGGUGUAUCAGACAGUGCAGCUGGUCUUGCUGGUCAGAGCCCUGUUCUUCGCAUCAUUGUGGAAAAUCUCUUCUAUCCUGUUACUCUAGAUGUGCUUCACCAGAUUUUCUCCAAGUUUGGCACUGUACUGAAGAUCAUCACUUUUACGAAGAAUAACCAGUUUCAGGCCUUGCUCCAAUAUGCUGAUGGCUCGAGUGCCCAGCAUGCAAAACUGGCCCUAGAUGGACAGAACAUCUAUAAUGCCUGCUGCACUCUGCGUAUUGACUUCUCCAAAUUGACUAGUCUUAAUGUUAAGUACAAUAAUGACAAAAGCAGAGACUACACACGUCCUGACCUACCAUCUGGUGACAAUCAGCCAACCUUAGACCAAACCAUGGCGGCCGCUUUUGGUAAGGAAGCCUCCCUACUAGGUGCACCAGGUAUCAUCUCCUCGCCUUACGGAGGGGGAGCUGGUUUCCCUCCUAGUAUUGCCUUCCAGCAAGCUGACUUCCUCCAACAACCAUCAGAUUACUGGCUCUCCGUCCCAGGGGUUCACGGAGCCUUGGCUCCACUCGGCAUGCCGUCAGCAGCAGCGGCUGCUGCAGCAGCAGCCAGUCGUAUUGGCAUUCCAGGAUUUGCCUCUGCAGCCAAUGCUGUCCUGCUUGUUAGCAAUCUGAAUCCUGAGAGAGUUACGCCCCAAUGCCUCUUUAUUCUUUUCGGAGUGUAUGGUGAUGUGCAGCGUGUGAAGAUACUUUUCAACAAGAAAGAAAAUGCCUUAGUACAAAUGUUUGACUGUACACAAGCUCAACUGGCUAUGAGCCAUCUGAAUGGCCAAAGGCUUCAUGGGAAGGCAAUGCGAGUGACUAUGUCCAAACAUCAAACAGUUCAGCUUCCCCGUGAGGGCCAGGAGGAUCAGGGACUGACCAAGGAUUACAGCAGUUCUCCGCUGCAUCGCUUCAAGAAACCUGGGUCGAAAAACUUCCAGAACAUCUUUCCUCCUUCUGCUACACUUCAUCUCUCCAAUAUUCCACCUUCUAUAACUGAAGAAGAUUUGAAAUUGCUUUUUUCAAGCACAACUGGCAUGGUCAAAGCAUUCAAGUUCUUUCAGAAGGAUCGCAAAAUGGCUCUUAUCCAGAUGAGUUCAGUGGAGGAAGCGAUCCAGGCUCUCAUUGACCUUCAUAAUCAUGACCUUGGAGAAAACCAUCACCUCAGAGUUUCUUUCUCCAAGUCAACUAUCUAAAGCUCUGACAUGGACUUCCAGCCAUUCCCUGGAGUCCUGUUUAGCCCAUGUGCGCAAUGAUUAUCCUUUUCCAGAGACACCACUAGACCUCAAAAGCAGCUACAUAGCUGAAAUUACCCAGAAGUGACCAUGGUUCUUUUUUAAGAAAAAAAAACUUUUUGAAGUUUACUACAAUGACAUCCUGUUUUAUGGUAGCAAUGCUGCCGGUUUCAAUCCGUUUAUCACAGAUUGGCUUCUGCUAGUGUUGCUCUUGAUUCAGCCUUUGAAAUUCUUUUAAAAGUUUACAGGUUGCAAAUUUUCUUGGAUCAUCCAAGCCUGUACAUUUAAUAUCAGGUUGUGUAAUAAGCCUUUUUAAAUCUUCUUUUUCCCCCUUUGGGUAUCCAUACCACUAUAAUACAGAAGUGUGGAUAAUUUAAACAUAUAUUCUACUUUCAUUUAAAUGAUUAUCCUGUGCCUUAUGUCUUUAUAAUGAACCAGGGGCCAUUUUAUAAAAUAAGUCUGUUUCUGGUUAUGUGCUUUACGGUUUGUUUUUGAGCAAUGUUUUGCUGCUUGUUUGCUCAUUGAUGUUAUUACUUACCCAAAUAGCAGGUGGUGUAUUGGGUGUCAGUGGAGGUGAUGAACUGGAUGGAAUUGGCCUGUAGUAGCCUUGAAUUAGCAAGACUAUCCAAGCAUUUGCAGCUCUGUCCAUCUAAUUUUACAUUUUAGACAUAAUGGCCAUUCUGCUACUACCUUUUGGGACAGCAAGUUUUCCAGACACCAGAUUCUCCUCUUCCUUUCACCUUUUUUUUUCCCGUUUCCAAUCUCCAUUUGGGAGUGAAUAAUCACUUGCCACCUGCCUGGUGGUCCUGCCUUUUAAUCUACAAGUUUUUUCCAACCAUAGCAGAGCUAUGCUGUUGAAUAUUCAUUUAGCCAAUUGAAGCAGUGUAGAUUUGAAGGUUGCUACAGCUUGAGCUGCUGUAAUAUUUGUAAUGUGACGGUGUUUAAUUUCAGCUGGAUAGCUUUAAUAGAGUAUUCCUCUUAUAAACAAAAUGACCUAGCUCUCUGCCAGUUGUUAGACUCCACUUGAUCUAGUUUAAUUCAGGCACACAGCCAACAAAUUGCAUAGAUUUGUGAUGGUUCCUUUUGUCCACCCUACAUGUGUCACAGUUGUUUGUGAUGAAAUGUGAAUCUGUUCAGCCUCUAUCCAGAAGGGCUGUGGAUACCAUUCUGGUCUUAGUGAUGUGCAAUACCCUCUGGUGGGAGCUAUAGCCAUUAUCCCGCCUUUACAAAAGAAAAUAGUUGUCCACUAACCAGGAACAGUCCAAUUUUAAAUGACCUAGGCUUGUUGCCUCUAUAUUCAACAUCUUGUAUGUAUCUUAUAGUUGGGGUGCGUUUUAUUAUCUUAGUUGAUAGAAAUGUGCAUUUUCUACUUGCAUUUUGUUUAGUAUGAUUUUUGAUUUUAAUCAGUUUUUGAGCUGAAUUUCUACUCUGUACACCUACAUUAAGUGAGAUUGACAAUGAUGUCAUUGUCCUGUCAUGUGCUUCAUCAACUCUGAUUUAAGUCAGCUGAAGUUCUGGCAUGGUGUGCAAUUUUUAUGCUGUCAUUGUUAAUUUUCUUUUGUUUAAUUUUGCUUUGAUUUGUAUAUUCCUUCAGGCUCAAAUGAGAACAGAUUUGUACUAUUGAUCUGUCUUUGGCCACCUAGUAUUUCAUUCCAUUUUUACCCUGCCUUGUUCCCUUGUGCAUGAGUACAGCAUUGACAAAGAGGUUCCCACAGUAUUAAGUGCUUAUUGCAGUACUUUACUUUUCCUCAUGUACAUGUUGCCUAUAAUUUGGCUACUUCUGACCCUCUAUCAAACUUUUGACAUUGGGCCCAUGUACAAGUACUCCAUUCAUGUGCUUAGACAUAAAGGUAUUAGUUUGAGUACAAUCAAACUUUUAGUUUCUUUGCAGUAUGAUUCAGCAGAAACUCGCAGGAACACAGUUGGAGGAAAAUGUUGGGUUUCCAGAAAGGUGGAAGUCUGUACAGUAGUGUAGGAUGGAUGAAUAAAUGUUCCCUUUGCAAAGUAAUUACCUAGCUAGCAAAUGUCUCCUAAUGAUUUAUUGUGCUACCUGGAAGAUUUUUAGCGCUAUAGGGAAAGUUUAUUUACAGAUGUUUCCAGCCCGAUUUUACUAAUUUCAGGUUGUACACUUCUGCUACUGCACUUUUUUUAAAAUCAGCCCUUUAGCAUUUGAGGUCACCCUUGUGUCUUAACAUUUUGGAUAGAUAAGGGUUGUUUAUUUAACCUACAAGGUGACGUGGGGUGAAUGGGUUUUGUAGCUGUGUCAAGCCCUUCUGGAAUGUACGGAGUCUGAACACCACCUGGAAACUGCAUCUACUCCUAUAAAAUCAGUAAGCAUUUUAAUUAAAACAAAUGUUACUGAUCAGUUAUUUCCCUCUUUAUCUAAAUGUGAAUCCCUUUUUCUGAUCCCUUUUUCUUCCCAAACAUGCCACAGUUUGGGCUAAAUGCUGGCGUUAUGGUGGACAUUGAUAUGCUUUUUGCCUGAUGUUGUGCAUGGAUGGUCAUUAAUGACCAUGUUAGUGAUCUUGUGCCUGAACUAAUGAGCAAUAGUUUACUCUAAGAACAGAAUGUUCUGAUUGAUGCACGUCAACUGUUUAAUGGGGUUUUUAGAUUUUUUUCAGGGUUUUGUGGACCAAAGUUGUUGUGCCUUCUGAAUUCUUGGUUCUUCAUGUUUUACUAUUCCUCUUCAAGCCCUCAAAUGUGGUGAUUGUAAUGCAUUAUGCACCUAGACUGGUAGUUGUAUGUUUAAGGGAUUCACUGCUGGUCAAUCUGUGUUCCUUUGAAAUUGCUGGAGUAGCUGCCUGCUCAAGGUAUGCAGUUUUCAAACAAGAAUACAACUCCACCUGUUUUUGUCUUUGGUUUCCCUCUUUUUCAGCUGUAAAGAAUGUUUGAGAAAAAGGUGUAAAUAUUCAUAACUUUUUUACCUAGAGAGGCUAAGGGGAACAAAACCGGUUUUUAUAUGGAAGCAUUGUGUUGUAUAUUUUGAUUAAAAAAAACAGCUGUCAGGUUUCAUAUGUAAAGGGGUUUUUCAGAAAACAAUGCCUCUUCUAUUGAAUGUUUGUAAUGCAAAGAGAAGAUUAAAAGAGAAUUUUCUAAUGAAUUUGUAGCUGUAUGAAUCCAUUUCACCAGUGUACCACCAUUUCAGAUUAUGCCAUUUUAUUUUACAACCAUUAACAGCUCUGGCCAAUGUAGUACUUGCACCUUCAAUAAACUGCUUCAUUCUUUA